AUGGAUGCUGCCGGCCUCCGUGACCGCAUUCAGGCCACACUCGACCCCAACGCUGCUAUCCGCCAGCAGGCUGAGCUGGACCUGAAGCACGCCGAAGAGCAGCCAGGCUUCACCGACGGGCUGCUGAACAUCCUCCAGCAAGAGCAGGACCCCGCCGUGCGCUUGUCGACUGUCGUUUACCUGAAGAACCGCGUCUCCAAGGGCUGGUCGCCCGCCGACGAGUACAGCCAGGCCAAGCCCAUACCCGAGGAGGAGAAGACGUCUUUCCGCGACCGCCUCGUGCCCGUCCUCGUUGCCUCGCCGCCGCAGAUCCGCCUGCAGCUCAUCCCCACCCUCCAGAAGAUCCUCGCAUACGAUUUCCCGUCCAAGUGGCCCAACUUCCUCGACAUCACCAUCCAGCUGCUGAACGCUGGAGACAUUGCGUCCGUCUUUGCCGGCGUGCAGUGUCUGCUGGCGAUAUGCAAGAUCUACAGGUUCAAGUCGGGCGAGAACCGGGCAGACUUUGACAAGAUCGUCGCCAUGUCCUUCCCCCAGCUGCUCAACAUCGGCAACUCGCUGGCCGGUGAGACGAGCUUGGAGGCUGGAGAGAUCCUGCGCACAGUGUUGAAGGUCUACAAGCACGCCAUCUACUUCGACCUCCCCGCCUCUCUCCGCGAGCAAGAAACCAUGGUUGGCUGGUGCACACUGUUCCUGACCGUCGUCGGCAAGGUGCCACCAGAGACAUCCAUGGUCGAAGACCUUGAUGAACGCGAGGUCAACCACUGGUGGAAGGCAAAGAAGUGGUCCUACGCGAACUUGAACCGCCUCUAUGUCAGAUACGGUAACCCGUCCGCGCUGGGCAAGAACAACGAGGUCGACUACACCGAAGUCGCCAAGAACUUCAUCGCCAACUUUGCGCCCGAGAUCCUCAAGGUGUACCUCCAGCAGAUCGAGAAGUGGGUUGGCAAGCAGGUCUGGCUGUCCAAGGCCAGUCUGUACUACACUCUGAACUUCUUGGACGAAUGCAUCAAGCCCAAGUCCAUGUGGACUCUGCUCAAGCCGCACACAGACAACCUCAUCUCGCACCUCAUCUUCCCUGUGCUGUGCCAAUCAGACGAGGAUAUCGAGCUGUUCGAGGAGGAGCCGCAGGAGUACCUGCACCGAAAGCUGAACUUCUACGAAGACGUCACAGCACCCGAUGUCGCCGCAACCAACUUCCUCGUCACGCUCACCAAGAGCCGGAGAAAACAGACAUUCACCAUCUUGAACUACAUCAACGAGGUCGUGAACCGCUACGAGGCUGCGCCGGACAACGAGAAGAACCCCAGAGAGAAGGAGGGUGCAUUGCGCAUGAUCGGGACACUGUCCGGUGUCAUCUUGGGCAAGAAGAGCCCUAUCGCCGAUCAGGUCGAAUACUUCUUUGUGCGCCACGUCUUCCCCGAGUUCCGAAGCCCCCAUGGUUUCCUCCGUGCGCGCGCAUGCGAUACCCUCGAGAAGUUCGAGCAACUCGACUUCAAGGACCCUAACAACCUCAUCAUCAUCUACCGCAAUAUCCUGGAAUCGAUGGCCGACCCAACCCUCCCUGUGCGUGUGGCUGCUGCUCUGGCCCUUCAGCCCCUCAUCCGUCACGACGUGAUCCGAACCAACAUGAAGACAAACAUUCCCCAGGUCAUGCAGCAGCUCCUCAAAUUGGCUAACGAGGUCGAUGUGGAUGCCCUGGCCAACGUCAUGGAGGACUUCGUCGAAGUCUUUGCGCCAGAACUGACACCAUUCGCAGUUGCGCUGAGCGAGCAGCUUCGCGAUACGUACCUCCGCAUCGUUCGCGAGCUCGUGUCUAGGAACCAAGAGAAGGGCGAGGACAGCGAAUAUGGCGACUUCUUGGACGAAAAGAGCAUAACCGCACUUGGUGUUCUGCAGACCAUCGGCACUCUGAUCCUGACGCUGGAGAGCACACCGGACGUUCUUCUACACCUCGAGACUAUUCUCAUGCCUGUCAUCACGAUUACGCUUGAGAACAAACUCUAUGAUUUGUACAACGAGGUGUUCGAGAUCAUCGACAGCUGCACUUUUGCUGCCAAGAGCAUCUCUGCGACUAUGUGGCAAGCUUUCGAGCUCAUCCACAGGACGUUCAAGGCUGGUGCUGAGCUGUACCUCGAAGAUAUGCUGCCCGCUCUGGAGAACUUUGUCAACUACGGAACCCAAACACUUGUGCAGAACCGGGCUUAUCUUGACGCUAUGAUCGAUAUGGUUCGCACCAUCUUCAAGGACGAUAAAGUUGGAGGUGUUGACCGCAUCUGUGGUUGCAAGCUCGCUGAGAUCAUCAUGUUGAACAUGCGCGGACACGUCGACGACUACGUUCCGGAAUUUCUCUCGUUGGCCAUGCAAGUUCUGACGAACGAUGAGCCCAAGGUCAAGUCUCUGCGCAUCCACCUGAUGGAAGUCAUCAUCAACAGCAUCUACUACAACCCCGCUCUGGCGCUCCAUGUUCUCGAGGCCAAUGGCUGGACGAACAAGUUCUUCAGUCUGUGGUUCUCAAGCAUCGACAACUUCUCACGAGUUCACGACAAGAAGCUGUGCAUCUCAGCGAUCUGCGCGCUGCUCACUCUGAACGCACAGAGUGUGCCAGUCAGCGUCCAGCAAGGCUGGCCACGUCUGCUGCAGGGAGUCGUACGAUUGUUCCAAACUCUACCUGCUGCGCUGAAGAACCGCGAAGAAGCUAAGAGGGAAGACAACUUUGACUUUGCGAACGAGUACGAUGAUGAGGAGGAGGACGAAGAGUGGGAGCAAGAAGCCGACUGGAACAAUGAGGUUGACGAAGAGGAGAUCAAAGACGAGAGCGCAGCUUACCUCGAAUUCUUGAACGAAGAAGCUCAAAAGUUCGGCGGCCUCGACGAUGAUGACGACGACGACGACGAACUCGAGGAGGAGAGCCUACUGGAGACGCCUCUGGACAAGGUUGAGCCAUAUAGCAUGUUCAAGCACGCGCUGCUUCAACUUCAACAAGAACAGCCUGCGCUGUACGAGAAUCUUACCAAGAACCUCAACCCUGAGGAGCAGCAAGUUGUACAAGGAGCUGUCCACCAAGCCGAUGUUAUUGCUCAGGCUCAGGCUGAGGCUGCCGCCGCCGCCGCCAACGGCAACCCGUUGCCCCAGCAGUAG